GACGACGACGACGACGACAACGAUAACGACAACGAUAACGACAACGAUAACGACAACGAUAACGACAACGAUAACGAUAACGACAACGAUAACGAUAACGACAACGAUAACGAUAACGACAACGAUAACGAUAACGACAACGAUAACGACAACGAUAACGACAACGAUAACGACAACGAUAACGACAACGAUAACGACAACGAUGACGACAACGAUGACGACAACGAUGACGACAACGAUGACGACAACGAUGACGACAACGAUGACGACAACGACGACGAUAACGAUGACGACAACGAUAACGACAACGAUGACGACAACGACGACGAUAACGAUAACGACGACGAUAACGAUAACAACAACGAUAACGACGACGACGACGAUAACGACGACGACAACGAUAACGACGACGAUAACGACGACGAUAACGAUAACGACGACGACAACGAUAACGACGACGAUAACGAUAACGACGACGAUAACGAUAACAACAACAAUAACGAUAACGACGACGAUAACGAUAACAACAACAAUAACGAUAACGACGACGACAACGAUAACAACAACGAUAACGAUAAUGACGACGACAACGAUAACAACAACGAUAACAAUAAUAAUAAUAAUAAUAAUUAUAAUAUCUGUGGCUUUGCAUGCGAGAACCACGAUGUCCGUAUGAGAGACAUCGUAUAG